AUGCUAAGGUCUGAAAGAAGAGUUACUAAGACGAAUAGGAAGAAGAAUGUUGACUCAGAUACACGAACUCUGAACGAGAUCAUGUGCAAUGAACUCAUGGAGAAUCAGAUCAAAUUUUCAAGUCUAUAUGGUCAAAUCAAUAAUCUCAAUAAGCUGGUUGUAGAUCUAGAUAAUUUUAACACUAAUACAUUGGAUCAGUUGGAUCGUUCAGAAUCCAAAUUUGAUGAUUUGGUCCAUGCUACAACUGUGGAUUCUGGGAAGAUUGAGUCAAUGAUAAAUGACUUAAAUAAAAAGAUAGAAAAGUUUGAAAAUCCACCUGCUUUUUCAUAUGAUAUCUCCUUUGAGAGUUCAUUUGUCAUGGACUUGAAACAGAAACUAAUCGAUGCUCAUAUACUGAUGAAAGAUUUCCACAAAUUUCAUGAAUCAAAAGUCUCCAGUCUACAAAAUCAAAUCGUGAACAUGGAAUUGGAAAAUUCAAGUACCAAAAAGGCACUCGACGAAAGCAAAUCUUAUAUUGGGUUGUUACAGCAUGCAGUUUCUCAAUUAAAGAAACAGGAAGCCGAGAUUAAAAGUAGAAUUGAAUCAAAUAGCCUGGAAGCGUUAGACGUAGAACAACAAUAUCCUUCGCCAAUUUCAAAUGAUAACUCGAUGAAGCACAAACUUACAAAUAACAAUCUACAGCACACGUUGGAAGGAAGAAUUCUAGAGGCAAGAUUGCAAGUUGCCCAGCGACAUGUGAUUGAAAUGAGUCAAACUAAAAUCCAUGAAUAUCAGAAAAAAUCAAAGACAACGAUUAUGCAAUCACAAAUGGUUAUUAAUGAAUUAAAAAGUACUCAUGCCAAGGAAAUCAAACGUUACAGGAGAGACUUAUGGAAUGAAUCUUCAAUAGAAGUGAAAAAAGAAAUAGCGAGUAUACUUUUAACAGAAAUUUCUGGUGCCUUAGAUACUUUGACUCCAACAAUCAACAAAAAUGACUCUUUAAGUUUACUUAAUACUAUUAUAAAAAAACUGUUGACAGUCAAUGAGGAUAAAGUGCAAAAGAUGUCAACACAACAAGGUGUUGGUACCACCAUUAAUAAUAUUACAAAAUCGCUACCUCGAAAAACACAAAAAUCAGCAGGGACCAUUCAAGCAGUCACGAAAGGUGCUUCCACAGAAACAAUAAUCAUCGAUGAUGAGGACGAUGAAGAACCAGAAAUGCUCGAUGAAGAACCAGAAAUGCUCGAUGAAGAACCAGAAAUGCUCGAUGAAGAACCAGAAAUGCUCGAUGAGAAAUCAGUGUCAAAGACUGAUUCAUCAAUAAUCAGGAAUAACCUUUUACCGAAUAGUAAUGCAUCAUCAAUUGCCACGAGCGCCGCAUUAUCAAGUACAGUGACAAAUACAGUUGCAAAUUCUCAUUCAAGAAUGGAAAUACUGAAGCACUCCCUAAACAGGACACUAGGUUCUGAUCUUCGAACUGUAUCACCGAUAAUUUCAAGGACGACAUCAUCGAAUCGACUAGCAAGUAUGACUGCAAUUUCGAAUUCAGGGACUACGUCUGCCAGUUUUACAAAUGCCACAUUACCAAAUCUGCUAGCGAGUACAACUGUAAUGCCUAAUUCGAGAGCUACAUCACCAACAAUCUCAAACAUCAUAUUACCGAAUCCAAUAUUGGGCCCUUCAUUACCAGCCAAUUCAAGUACUGAAUUGCGCACUGUGCCAAAGAGCACACCAUCGCCUCUCUCGAAACCACAACUAACGGCUUCAAACAUUACUUUGCAAGAACAAGAUCCCAACAGGACGCCAUCAACGAUACCAACCAAACUUCCGACAUUGCACUUGUCAGAUCUAGCUUCGAAUGAACCAGUAACUUUACCCAAUACAAUAUUAAACACGUUUCGUCCAUCGGAAAUCGACCCCAAACACGUCUCAACUUCGAGCAAACCUGAUAGCUAA